UAGACUGUUCGAAAGCCUACCGGGCUUUAACCCAGCCAUUUUCAAUGGCCCACAUAUUUACCAAGAAAUUUUUCCUCCUUUUGUCACUAUGGAUUGGUAUAUUUUGUAAUUAUGCUUGUUAUUCUAUCAUCGCUCCAUUCUUUCCACAGCUGGCAAGAAAAAAAGGACUCAGUGCCGAACAAUAUUCACUAGUCUUUGGAGUGUACAGCUUAUCUCAAAUCACAUUCAGUAUCAUCGUCGGAAGGAGUCUCACAAGGAUUGGGGCGAAAUUCAUAGUCAUCGCAGGGUUAUUUUUGACUGGAGGUUCCACCAUCUUGUUCGGGUGCCUGGAGCACAGUCCGGGCGGCACUCUCUUCUUCGCCCUGUGCAUGGGGGUCCGGGCGGUCGAAGGAGCCGGAUUCGCAGCCUACCUCACCAGCUCUUUGGCCGUCAUCGUCAAGACGUUUCCGCUCAAUCCCGGAUAUUAUGUGGGUCUCACAGAAACAAUUGUCACAGUGGCGAUGAUAUCGGGGCCUCCUCUUGGAAGUUUUCUCUACACGGUGGGAGGGUACAGUUGCCCCUUCGUUUCCUUCGGUAGUGUCAUUUUGAUCAUGAGCGUUGCAUCAUACUUUCUCAUCACUGAAGAUAAAGCAGAUCCAAGCACGAAGAAGAACGACUUGGAGUCGCUGUCGAUCCGGGAGUACCUCCGUAUCCUCAAAUUGCCGGCGGGGUCGAUGAUCCUGGUCAGCGUCACCUUCAACGUCACUGCCGAUGCUUUCAUACUCAUCGCACUCAGUGAGCAUCUCUCACAGUUUAAUCUGACUCCUAUGAUUGUUGGCUCGAUUUAUUUGUGUCUCUUCCUGUCCUAUGGGAUAAGUUCACCGCUGUCCGGAAGAAUAGCAGACAAAUGGGGAAAGGAGUUUCUUCUACAAAGUGGAGGAUGCUUAAUUAUGACAAUAUCAUUCGUCAUCAUUGGACCUGCAUCUUUUCUUGACAUGACACCGUAA